AUGGAGGAUGCUGUGACCCUUUCGGUGACGUUGCGACGUGCCUCCCCCGUGACGCGACGCCGAGUUUUGGUUAUUGCUUUUGGUCUUUGCAGCCGCGGGAAGAAGAAUAACACUGUGCUGUCUCUGGCGGCCAUCACGACAAUGCUGGAGUUUGCCAUGUCUGGAAGGCCUGCGCGCUUUAUUUUUGCAACUGGUGGUAAUGCCUCUGUACUCCGAAGUCACGACAGAGGCGGUACCUGGCGGGUUACGUACAGAGCCAAUGAGGCGAAAUGGGACCCCGAAAAGGAGAUUGCGUUGUCCGAUGGUGUGGAUACCAUGGAAGACGUGGCGAAAUUCGUACCACCUGCGAGGCUUGAAGAGAUAAAGAGCGAGAGCAGAGAAUUACCCACGAAUAAGUUGGAAACCCAAAUUUCACACAUAGCGACACUGAACGACAUUGUGGCAGUGUGUGGUAGUAACGGCUUUCUCGCAGUAUCCGCGGAUAGGGGUUUGACGUUUGUCCCGUUAGAGAGAGAUGUGCUACUGGAUUUGUUGAAGGAGAGUAGAACAAUUUCUACUUGUGAUUCGUGGCGGGUUGGAGGCGUUGCUUUUGUCUCGGAAAGGUUACUUGUCUUUUUCUAUAAAAAGCACCUUUGUUCGGUGGAGCUUACUUCUCGGGGGUUUGGAAGUGUGUCCUUUGGAAAGCUCAGCGUGAUUAGGGAGUUCUCCACCUCUAUUGUUUCUGUGCAUGCAUUUCAACGUGUUGCUACUGACGUGCGUGAGUUGUUUGUGUCGACCAGAGGGCUUUUGCAUUAUUCAUGUGAUGCAGGAGGCUCCUUUAUUAUGUUUCCACAUGAGCUUGGUGUCAUUCGCGUCGUUGAACCACUGGAUAUUCUUUGUAGACGUAACGAGGUUCCCCAGGUGCCUAAAGGUCUAGUCGAUCCUUUGCUGGCGACAACAACGGAGCAUGCGUCCGGCAGAAAACGGGAAAAGUAUGUUUACAGAGCUGUUUCCCGUGACUUUCGUUCAGUUGAAAAUGACGGCGGUGAAUACACAACGGAAGACACCAGUGAUGAGGCGGUGAUGUCUGCACUUCCACACUUCUCAGAAGGUGUUCACUAUCGUGUCUUUUUGGUUGCUGGAGUUGGAGCUCCGAUAUUGCCGUACGACUACACAGCCAUUUUGUUUAUUGCUGCCUCUUUGGGGAGCUCAACCGAUCAAUCUCGCAUUGUUGGAUCCCUGGCGGAAAAAGUAGAAUACGUACCCUAUAUCAGGUCGGGUGUUGAUGAGCCCAUCUCUAUUGCUGUAUGUCGACGGCCAGGUCCGGGAGGAUGCGUGUUUGCACGGAGCAACGCUUCGGGUAUUAGUUUAUCUACUGACAUGGGUGUGUCGUGGACAGUUCCCACUCAAGCAUACACUGUGGCAGUCGUUGCUGUGGAUGGAGGUGAGUUUGUUUGCUGCAACCGGCGGAGUUUUGUCAUUACUAUCACUGAGAAGGGUAGCGAUGUUCACUCUGUGUCGACUGACCUACGUGUUCCUUUCUUGACAGAUGCUGCGGUGAUGCUAUGA